AGGGAUAAAUAUUUUUUUUUAGUUGGUAACACUGAUUUGCUGACAGCUCUGUUUACGCCCCUUCUGUCACGAAGAAGUAAACCUAACAAUUUCCGAGUAUAAUUUUAUUGGUUUUCGAAUUUUAUGGAUAGUUCUUGGAGAAAAAUAAAUACCGCAAAGUGAAACCUAGACGUAAGGAAGUCAUUUAAUAUAGAAGAAUAGUCUAACAAAAUGACCGAUUCAAAGUAUUUCACUACUACAAAGAAAGGCGAAAUAUUUGAGCUGAAGUCUGAGCUCAACAGCGAUAAAAAGGAGAAGAAAAAGGAAGCUGUCAAAAAGGUGAUAGCCUCUAUGACAGUUGGCAAAGAUGUGUCUGCACUCUUUCCAGAUGUCGUAAAUUGCAUGCAAACUGAUAAUUUGGAACUCAAGAAAUUGGUGUAUUUAUACCUGAUGAAUUAUGCAAAAUCACAACCCGACAUGGCCAUUAUGGCUGUUAACACUUUUGUCAAGGAUUGCGAAGACUCGAACCCGUUGAUUCGGGCGCUGGCAGUAAGGACGAUGGGUUGCAUACGCGUGGACAAGAUAACGGAGUAUCUGUGCGAACCGCUGCGGAAGUGCUUGAAGGACGAAGACCCGUACGUGAGGAAGACGGCCGCAGUGUGUGUAGCCAAGCUGUACGACAUAUCGCCGAGCAUGGUGGAGGACCAGGGAUUCUUAGAUCAACUAAAAGAUCUAUUGAGUGAUUCCAACCCGAUGGUGGUAGCUAACGCGGUGGCCGCGCUCUCUGAAAUCAAUGAAGCCAGCGUCUCAGGGCGACCACUUGUCGAAAUGAACGCGCCCACAAUCAACAAGCUGCUGACGGCUCUGAACGAGUGCACGGAGUGGGGGCAAGUGUUCAUACUGGACGCGCUGUCCAAUUACGCGCCGCGCGACUCGCGGGAGGCGCACUCCAUCUGCGAGCGGAUCACGCCGCGCCUGGCGCACGCCAACGCGGCUGUCGUGCUCUCCGCUGUGAAGGUGCUCAUGAAACUGAUGGAGAUGCUAUCUGAUGAGACGGAGCUGGUGAGCACGCUGUCACGCAAGCUGGCGCCGCCACUGGUGACACUGCUGAGCGCCGAGCCUGAGGUGCAGUACGUGGCCUUGAGGAACAUCAACCUCGUGGUGCAGAAGAGGCCCGACAUACUCAAACAUGAAAUGAAGGUCUUCUUCGUAAAAUACAAUGAUCCGAUCUACGUGAAGUUGGAGAAACUGGACAUAAUGAUCCGGCUCGCGUCGCAGGCUAACAUCGCACAGGUUUUGGGAGAACUCAAAGAAUACGCCACCGAGGUCGACGUGGACUUUGUCAGGAAAGCCGUCCGCGCUAUCGGCAGAUGCGCUAUUAAGGUGGAACCAUCGGCAGAGCGUUGUGUGUCGACACUACUAGAACUGAUCCAGACGAAAGUGAACUAUGUGGUGCAAGAAGCUAUUGUGGUGAUCAAGGAUAUCUUCCGCAAGUACCCCAACAAGUAUGAGAGCAUCAUCAGCACUCUCUGCGAGAACCUCGACACUUUGGACGAACCUGAAGCUAGAGCCUCCAUGGUCUGGAUUGUAGGAGAGUACGCAGAGCGCAUUGACAACGCAGACGAGUUACUGGACUCGUUCUUGGAAGGCUUCCAUGACGAGAAUGCGCAAGUGCAGCUGCAAUUACUGACAGCGGUUGUGAAGUUGUUCCUGAAGCGGCCGGCAGACACGCAGGGGCUGGUGCAGCACGUGCUCAGCCUCGCCACGCAGGACUCCGACAACCCGGACUUGCGUGACCGCGGCUUCAUCUACUGGCGACUGCUCUCGACGGACCCGGCGGCCGCCAAGGAGGUGGUGCUGGCAGACAAGCCGCUCAUCUCCGAAGAGACGGAUCUGCUGGAGCCCACACUGCUGGACGAGCUCAUCUGCCACAUCAGCUCGCUCGCCUCCGUCUACCACAAGCCGCCCACCGCUUUCGUUGAAGGUCGCGGCGCGGGCGUGCGCAAGUCGCUGCCGGCGCGCGGCGCGGUGAGCGACGAGCCGCAGUCGCAGCAGCCCACCGUCAUACCCAACCAGGGUAUAGGUCAGGACUCGCUGAUCGGAGACCUGUUGUCUAUGGACAUCGGCGGGCCGCCCGCGCCCGCCGCGCCCGCCUCCAACCUCGACCUGCUGGCGGGCGGACUGGAUGUACUGUUGGGUGGCGGGCCCGAGCCGGCGGCGGGCGGCGUGGCGGGCGCCAGCACCACCGGACUGCUGGGCGACAUAUUCGGCGCCGCGCCUCCGCCCUCCUACGUGCCGCCCAAGCAGUGCUGGCUGCCCGCUGACAAAGGGAAAGGUUUGGAGAUCUGGGGCACAUUCACGCGACAGAACGGCCAGCUGCGCAUGGACAUGACGUUCUCCAACAAGGCGAUGCAGGCCAUGAGCGGGUUCGCCAUACAACUCAACAAGAACAGUUUCGGCGUGUACCCAGCGGGCGCGCUGUCGGUGGGCGCGCUGGCGGCGGGCGCGCGCGCGGACGCGUCACUGCCGCUGGCGGUGGGCGGGCCCGUGCAGCGCAUGGACCCGCUCAACAACCUGCAGGUGGCCGUAAAGAACAACAUCGACGUGUUCUACUUCGCGUGUCUCAUCCCCGCGCACGUGCUAUUUACCGACGACGGACAACUCGACAAGCGCGUGUUCCUCACCACGUGGAAGGAGAUCCCCGCCGCCAACGAAGUGCAGCACACCAUACAGAACGUGAUCGGCACGGCGGACACCAUCGCGCAGAAGAUGACCCUUAACAACAUUUACACCAUCGCGAAACGCAACGUCGAAGGCCAAGACAUGCUGUACCAGUCGCUGAAGCUCACCAACAAUAUAUGGGUGCUUCUAGAGCUGAAGCUGCAGCCUGGCAACCCUGAAGCUACCUUGAGUCUGAAGUCACGCACUGUGGAGGUUGCGAGUUGCAUAUUCCAAGCGUACGAAGCGAUUAUUAAGUCGUAAUCUCCCAAUGGUUUUACAUCGAAUACACAGCUGAAAGCGAACCUUGUUUAAAAAUGUCAAAGUAAAAUAUACCUUAAUAUAUGCUUGUUUUAAGGUUUAAAUUCGACUAAUACUAUCCUAUUUAGAAGAUUGAUAAUCUUUCGCUAUGUACUCGAUGCGUUGUAUGUAUAUGUUGGUCUAAGAUCAUGUUUAUAGAAGUAUUCUUAUAUAAGUUAUUAUGAAAGACUAUAUGACUGUAAAUUGCGCUAGUUGUAUGAACGAGAGUAGACUGUGUAUGGCGUUACACCGUUACGUGGCGUAUAUUUUAUUUCGUCGCUCCAUGAAAUUUUCACUAUUAUUAUAAAGUUAAAAUGUAUUUUAAAUAAAUUUAUGUUAAUCAUU